AUGGGAAGCCAGUGGAAGUCUAGGCAUUUAUUAUCAGUGUCAUCCGAUAAUUCGUCGGCCAACAGCACGUUCAAGGAGCAUGAAAGGCAUUGUGAAUUGGAACUACAAGGCCUUCCAGGACUAUGGGUAGCAUUCUACUUCUUUCUUAUCAUUGUGUCAUUCACAGCGCUUGCCAUAGUUUGCGAUGACUUCUUCGUUCCCUCUCUCGAGAUCAUCUCUGAAAAGUUAGACUUGUCGGAAGAUGUCGCUGGCGCAACUUUCAUGGCCGCCGGGUCGUCUGCUCCUGAACUGUUCACGUCUAUCGUUGGUCUCGCCACAGACAAUAAUGACGUUGGAGUUGGAACAAUUGCUGGUUCCGCCAUGUUCAAUAUUUUGAUAAUCAUUGCCCUUUCGGCUGCCUUAGCUGGUCAGGGAUCAAUAGUAGAGAUUGAGCCGGAGAUGUACAUUUUCCCGUGUCUUCCGCCUCUCAAAAUGGCUCCCCCAGAUUCCUCAGAAGCCAAAGAAAAGGGCGGAUGUUGGCUGUGGUCGAAAUUCAUUUUAAAAUGGGUUCUCUUCGUGAUCUCCUUUCCCUUUGUGGUCCUCUUCACGUGGUCUAUACCCGACUGCUCUAAAGAUCACCUCAAGAAAUGGUUCUGGUUCAGCUUCUUGAUGUCGGUUGUGUGGAUUGGGCUGCUGAGUUACGCCAUGAUCGUGGUCGUAGAAAGAAUGGGCUGUAUCCUGGAGAUCGAUACCUUUGUCAUGGGGCUCGUCUUCAUAGCCAUUGGGACGAGUGUGCCGGAUGCAAUGAGCUCCAUCUUGGUAGCCAGAGACGGGUACGGAGACAUGGCGGUGUCUAACGCUAUAGGAUCUAAUGUCUUUGACAUCAACCUGGGCAUUGGACUGCCUUUUCUUAUCAAGGUUAUCAUACAGAGUGGAGCGCCAGUGUAUCUGGUUAAGCCCGGUGAAACAUUCUUAUACAUAGUGCCCCAUGUGAAGUUCGGGUUUCUGCUGCUGUUGGUCUUGUUGAUAACUCUUGGCGUCUUCAUGGGAUCGAAAUUCGUCUUGAACAAAUUCAUCGGGUUCAGUUUUGUAGGAGUGUACGUCUUAUUCUUAACCUAUGCAUUCAUCCAAGAGUUGAUCUGCCGCAAGCAGUUGAACACUUUCUGUUAACAUUUAGACGCGUGGCUAUAGUUACCUCAGAGGUGAGUUCCAGAAACUCUGGGACACUUUAUCCGAGACGCCAUUUUAGACCGGUUCAGAUCUGGUUUGGUUUGUGUGAACGAGUCCCGUUCGAACCAGUUUAAGCUCAGGCGGACUUUUUUAUGAGCGAUAUGUCAAAAACGAUGAGUAUAUCAUAACUUUAUACAGGUAAUUGAACAUUAAGCAGAAAAAGCGAUAUUGACGUUUAAUCAAAGCGCAUGUUCUCCAUUAUCAUCGUCCAUUUUCACCAUUAGAUCUUGUGACUGGAAAUUGCGGUGUAACUACAAAAUCAAGAAAUAUUUAUUUGAUUUUCAAGUUAUUACUUACGCAUUUAUUAGACUGACAAACACUGUGAUAUAUGUAAAGAUGAAACAAAAUGUCUGUCGCUGCGCUGAUUCUAUUAACUUCGGAAUGAAGAGUUUGGUUUUCGUAAUGUAAAUAUGAUAAUAAUACAUUGUACUAGAGUCGUGCUAAUUUAUACAUCUGUAAAUAGAGAAAGCGUCUUCAAAUAAACUGUGUUCAUUGUAUGUUCAAUAUAUGGGUUAUUCUUGGGUAGAAAAAAAUUGAUUUAUUAUAGCACUGAUGUUGGCAAGAACUAAUGUUUGACAUCAUUUUCUGACAUACAAAAGAUUGCCUUAAAAAGUAGCUCUA